GAAUGCUCCUGUUCUAGAGGGGGAAAGAAAGCAAUACUGAGGCGUAAUAUUCGGAUUUCCCGAAGCUUUUUCAGUUUUGCUCGAGUACGUAAGUCUUCUUGAUAUUUUGUGAGUAUUCCAUACGGUAAUAACAUCAAGGAUAAAAGGCAAAUUCCAUUCUGAUCUUCGAGAUCGUGACUAGACGUAGGCGUGCUAGAAAUUGUGGUAAAAGCGUUUACAUAACUUGAUUUAUCAACAGCUGAAGCCUUUAUUCUGAACAUUGCACUUUCAAAAGACCUUACAUUGAUAACUACUUAGUCUGUGAAUUAUGGAUCGUUUGGAGGCAAACGCUGUGUGUAUUGUUGCCACUUUGACCACGAUGCUUAUGGCUGGUACGAUCCCCAAUGUAUCAGGUUAGUAAAAAGGCCGAUAAACCCAUCUCAUACAUAGUCGACCAUAGUUUAUUGUUUCUGUGGUCGACAAAAUGAUAUGGUAACAUUAUUUACGAACAGUAAGAAACACAUUUGUACCCACCUUCUCGUUUUCUACGAGGUUUUUUAAACCACUUUGCACAAAAUUUUUCUUUGGGAAAAUGUCUUCCUGCUUCUAGAAGUUAACUUUAUAUACGGCGAUGUUUAGAUAAAUGUGUACAUGUUAGACUUUGUGACAAAACAGGACAAUGUUCCUUAGCAUUACUACUUGUACAUUGUACAGACCAGCGAGCUUUGUUUCUCAAUUUGAGAACCUCAACAAUUGUUAAGUGCAGUAGUUGUUAUCUCUCAGUGUCUUGACUGUUAAGAGUACUCAACUUGUGAUUAUGGUCGUUGCAGUGGUAAUUGCAAUUUAAGCUAUUGCAAUUACCACUGCAACGAUCAUGAUAUAUUAGCUGUGGUCACACUACAGACUUUUUACCUAAGUAAAUUCGACUUGUUGACAGUUUACCUAAGGAAACUUGAUUUUUAAAGUCAGGGUUUGAGCUAGGAUUUGAUCACUGGGGGACAAUUUGUCCCCUUGGCUAAAAUUUUGGGGGACAUUUUCAUUUUUAGGGGGACAGAAAUUUGUACACCCUUCCUUCUUAGCAAGGCUUCUGAUAGGUCUCGGACGAAAAAGUCAAAUUUCGCGGGAUUUUUAGGGACAAAUUCGCGGAAAAAUCGGCCGAUUUCGCGGGAGUUUUCGGGGCAAACUUCACCGAAAAGCAAUCGGUAAAAAACGGCCGAUUUUGUGGUUAUUUUCAAGGCAAAUUUCGCUAGAAAUCGAUCGGUUUUGUGCUGAUCAGACCAGAGUUUUUAACGUUUUUCUAACAGAGGUCAUCAUUUGCUCUUUCAACAACAAUACGCUCCAGAAAUGAACCAAUGGCAAAGCCUUUAACAUCAUGGCUAGUGCCCAGUUUUUCGCAACAUAAUCUGUUUGCACGUUUCAGUGACGAAGUUCCAAGAUAAAUUUGCAAGUUUACGGCAAGUAAAUAGCCCCUAUGGCUGAAAUAAGUUUCAAAUAUGUUGUACAGACAUGUAUUUGAUAAGAUUUCUACUGAAUUUCGCGGUAUUUUUCGUGUUUUUGUGAAUUUCGCGGCUCCGCGACCGCGCGAUAAAAUCAGAAGCCCUGUCUUAGAUUUCCGACAAAAAUAGCAGUAGAGCGUGACUGAAAUGUAACUUUGGAAUGAACUUUAAAGGUGCGAUAAAAAAUAUUUUCCACGUUCUGUCUCAGCUUGCAACUUCUGUACCGAAAUAAAUCUCUUCGUGUGUUCUUCUUUUCGAGUUUUUUCCCUAAAUUUUGAAGGGGACAAAUUGUCCCCUUGGCCAUUUUUUAAAGGGACAAUUCCAAUUGCAGUGCGGGAUUGGCGCAAUGGCGCGGCCUGGCUCAAACCCUGAAAGUGUGGCCGAUUUUUCCCCAGGUAACUUACCCCGGGGAAAUUUUAUCGUCUUGGUCUUGGAUAUGUCUCGAGAACAAAAGAGUUUCCCUUGACAGCUACCCCAAAACGAUAGCUAGGGAAAAAUGAAAUACCAAGGUUGCUGGCCAAUAGACGUUCAUCGGCGAAAGUCUUGAUGACAGAACCAGACAUAGCUCACACUGUGAAAGAAAUUUAGGGGGCUUGAGUCGUCUACAUCUUCAGCUUUCUUCACCUUGCACGUUGAGUUAGUGUAAGAAAUAACAGUGCGAUAAAAGAAAAAAAUGUCUCUUUGAUCAGCUAGAUUCCAGUGCAUCUUGCCUUCUUAACCCAUUCGCUCCUGGAGAUUUUGCCAAAAAAACGCGUUUUGAAGGUACUCGAGUAGUUUUCUGGCCACUGUCUUGCUAUUAAGAGCUAACAGCUACCACAAACUGGUUUACAGGUCGUACACUUCACGGCCUUCUGAUAAAGAUGCAAAAUAUCAGCUUGCAAAGUUCGGCCACGCGCAGAAAGCAAAAUUUGGAGAUAGUUUUUGGGUUUAAAAGUGACAUAGCAGUCGUGACUUUCACUUUUCGCUUUCUCUCCUCCCCUCUUUUUGCGCUUUUCUUGCCUCAUUUUUUUUUCUCUUGCUGGGCAUUUAGUAGGCUUCAUUUUGGUAGGAAUAGUUUUAGGAAAGCUUUUAGGAUCUUAAGAUUAGGUGAAAGGAAACGUAGGUGAGCAAUGGAACAAGAUUUUCAUGAAGAUUUUCAGGUCAAUGUUACAUGGUUUUUUGCCUCUUUCUGCGGUGUCCUUGACUGAAUUGUGCUCAUUCUGGUAUGGUUUGAAAGAUCUCUUCACUCUGCACAAGUUAGCGGACAAAGUUGUCCUUGACCGUUAAAACUGAUGACAUCACAAAGGGUAGAAAGGACGUGGAUCCGCAUAGGCUGUUACAGGCGGUUCAGGGGCGAAUGGGUUAAAUUUACGCUCCAAAAAAUUCAACUGGCGUAAAAACCUUGAGAGUUGAUAUCAGUAGUGUGACCUUCCUAGAAUUUUUCACCUGAGUAAAACAAAACCCGAGAUGAAUUUAUCUCGGGAGAUUUUUUAUGAAUUUCCCUAGGUAAAUCGCUUUUACGUAGGUGAAAGUCUGUAGUGUGACCACAGCUAAUGUAUCUUCAUUGAGGCCAUGGGUUCAAAUGCCAUUGAAGUCCUGACAUUUUUCUCAGGUUAAUUUGCAAAUUGCUUAAAAGUGUAGUUAUGAAAAAUGUAAGAGCUGUUUGCCCAAAGCACUAUAAAACAUGUUGGAAUUCAAGUUUUGUUUGAGCCCUGAUAACUAUAGGGUCCAGUUCCCAGGCCAAGUAGCGCUAUCCCAGAGUUGAGUUUUUAUCCAAGUUUUCUUUCCUUUGUUUAAAAGCAUGUUCUUGGAUGAUCAUGAUUUGCUCUAUUCUUGAACGCCCAGUCAUCAAAUCGAAUCUGCAUUUGACGCUUUCAUAUUAUCUGAAUUCAAAUUUCACACCAACCCUGGGUUAUCUUAACCCAGCUGUGAACAACCUAGCCCAGUGUUGUAAUUAUUAUUAUCAUUACAAGAGCUUUUCCUAUCUUUUUUUACAAUGCAGCUGAUUGCACUGAUCCUGGACAUCCUAAAAAUGGUAACGGGAUUGUUACAAGGAAAAGCAGUGGGUUUCCCAUGGGAACUGUAAUAUCUUUUUCCUGCAAUCCUAACUAUACCCUGGUUGGUGCUAAAAAGAUAAUAUGCGAGGUAAAAGACAACAAGUAUUCUUGGAAUGGGAAAGUGCCUUCUUGUAAGUGGCUCUCUGGAGGUAUGUAAUAACAACUUCCUUCAUUUUUGUGUUUACAGUUGCUAUAGAAACUGUUACGCUAAGGUGUCAUGUGGUGAAGGCCAGGUAAAAAAAAACUGUAUUGUGUUAUUCAGUUUGCGAACAAGGAGAAUCUCUUACGCUCUAGUCAUUGCUUGUCAUAUUUUUAUCAGUUUUUUUCUAUUCAAAAGAAAUUUUGCUAAAAAGAGGUGAUUGUGGUUUCUACAGGGCUUCUGAUAUUUCGCGGAAAAAAAAGCAAAAUUUAGCGGGAUUUUCAGGGGCAAAUUCGCGGAAAAAUCGGCCGAUUUCGCGGGAAAAAAGUCAAAAUUCGCGGAACAAUCGGCCGCUUUUGGGCGAUUUUCGCGGGAGAAAAGUCAAAACUCGCAGAAAAAUCGGCCCAUUUCGCGGGAUUUUAGCGGAAAAAAGUCAAAUUUCGAAGGAUUUUCAGGGGCAAAUUCUUAGGAAAAUCAGCCGAUUUCACGGGAAAUUUCUGGGGGAAACUUUGCCAAGAAACAAUCAGUAAAAAACAGCCGAUUUCGCUGGGGUUUUUUUUGGCAAAUUUCGCUAAAAUCGAUCAAUUUUGCGUCGAUAUGACCAGCGUUUGUGAACGUUUUUGUUAACUGAGGGAUAAUCAUUUGCUCUUUCAACAUCAGUUCGCUCGAGAAAUGAGCGAAUGUUAACAUUAUGGUUAGUGCCCAGUUUUUCGCAACGUUCAUCUAAAACGCCUGGUAGUUUUGGGACGUUGUUUACUCGUUGCAGUGACGAAGUUUCAAGCUAAAUUUGAACGUUUGGGGUGAAUAAAACGGGUUUAAUAGCCAAGAUAAGAAUUAAAUAUGUUUUGCCGACAUGUAUUUGGAAAUAUUUCUGGCGGAUUUCGCGGUAUUUCGCGUUUUUUUGGGAAUUUCGCGGGAUUUUGCGGAAAUACCAGAAUUUCGCGGGUCCGCAACCGCGCGAAAUAUCAGAAGCCCUGUUUCUAGCAUGCUACAUAACAUGAAGGUGAAAUAUGACCUGUUGCAUGGAAAAAUUGAUUUUCCUUGAAUGCAAGUAGUCAUACUUCAUUUUCUCUUUGAUGCUUGUCACUGGCAUGCUCUAAUUAUGACAUGAAGGUGAAGCAUAACUUAAUGCAUUAGAUAAAUAAAAUGUAAGCAUAACCUUUUGCGCCACAAUGAAGCCAAUAAAUAAGCAAAAUACUUGGGAGGAAAAUGUGAGAGAUCCACUUCCCCUACCCUUUUUCCUACCCUUCCCCCUCUUUUAUCACUCUGCUUGUCAUUUACAUACAUUAUGUACGUCCUUUUAUGUCCUUACUAGUCUUUUUUCAUCCUUGCUAGUCCUUUUAUGUCCUUAUUAGUCCUUUAAUGUCCUUAAUAGUCCUUUUGUCCCAACUGGUCCUUUUCAAUGCGUACUAGUCUUUUUAUGUCCUCACUAGUCCUUUAAUAUCCUUACAAGUGCUUUAGUGUCCAUGUAACAGGUUAAAAUUAAAUUCAUGUUAAAAUUUUUUAACCUACUGUAGGUUGAUUCUCAAUUUCCUUUGUUUUCUAGCCGUAACUCAUGAAUUGUUAGGGUUAGGAGACAAAAGAAAUUGAGAAUCGACCCAGGUUAAAAAAUUUAAACCUGAAUUUAAUUUUCAGUGUCCCAGCCAGAGUGUGCCAUUGUGUGAAUCCUGCAAAAGAUCAAGAGAUGGCCGCCACCAAAAGCAUUCAAGAGCCAUUAUGGCCCGUUCCUUCUUUAAUUCCGUGGGCUUAAAAAUGUCUCUGUUACUUAAACUACAAUAAUUUUCCAAUUUAAACAGAAUUUUUAAUCUAAAGAACAACGACUCCAUACCUUUGUACACAACAUGAAAAUCAAUCGAUGAAUCUUCUUGAGUUUACCUGAUUUACAGUGAGUGGUCUGGAGACCACUGAGCCUUGACUUAGCUUGUGUAAUAUCGCAGGAGCUCCUUAGGAGCUCAGGCUAGCAUGAUGUUCUUGCCCGAAAAAGGAUAAACCUGACAAACGCAUCUUUGAGGUCUAUCGAAAGUUUUUUCUCAGUAAGUAACGAAAAAGUGGAUGGAGGUGAAGCAGUUCAGAAGAAGUGAAAUUAAGCAGAUCUUGACGGUGAAGUGGAAAAUGAGAUGAAAAAAAUUACUUACUAUUUUUAUUGCAUACAUUCUGAUUGUACUGUUUACUUUAUUACCGAAGAUUUCCUCUAUUGUGUAUAAAAAGGGAUGCUCCAUGUCAGCUACAAAUAAACUGCUAUUUUCAUUUCCUUAACUUUCCAACUGUUUCUUCUCUUUUCAUAUUAGAAAGAUACUGGUGAAUUGGCCCUUUCUUGAAAAAUCUGGCCCGAAAAAAUGGGUUGUAGAGGCCACUUUGGCCCUCAAGCAGAAUUUUCUGGCUGGAACACUGAUUUUAACCUGUAACAUCUACACUGUACCUUUUAUGUCUACUGUAAGUCAGGAAGGGUGGAAAGCAAAAGUUUUGAUUAUAGAAACUGUUACAUGUACAGUUUAUUUUACAAUACCUGUGAGGAAGAAUUGAGGGAAGGGGAGAGAUCCACUUCCCCUACCCUUCCGCUACCCGUCACUCUCUUUUAUCUACCCUGCUUGUCAUUUAUAUAUACAGUUAUUUUGAGAAACAUUGUUGGAAAAAAUGCACACAGCAACCCUGAAAGGUAUUCUGGGUGGUUCUUAGUUCAUGGUUCUUCAAAAAAAGUUUGAAAGGAUGGCAUGAGAGGCCAUGGGUGUAUGUUUGCGAGUGCUAAAGCAAUUAACCCUUAAGCCCCAAUAUCAACAUACAAAUUCUCCAAACUGAUCUCUAUACAUUUCCUUAAAGACUGAGUUAAGACAAUUUGUUAAAAGAUCAAGGCAUUUUUACUUAGGUGAUAUUAAUUCUCAUAACUUAUCUGUUGACAGUGUAUGGAUAUUGUUUGGAGAAAUUUGAUCUUGGUCACUAUUGGGACUUAAAGGGCUAAGCAAUGAAAGUACUGUUGUAGGUGUGACAAGUACACACUGUACCUUAAUACCUAAGACCGGAAGGGCAGAAAGGAGGAUUCUUGAUAGGUGAAGCAGUUGCGUGUACAGUUUAUUUCACUAAAAUGCCCCUUUGAAAUUACCCAUGUCUCUCUUUCAGCUGGUAAAAUUCUUUGGACAGAAUUUUAUAUCUGCAGAGUACAGUUUCAUGUUAAUUCCAACGUACAUUCAAAGUUAUGUCUCAAAUUCUUUGAUUGUGUUCUCUAUCAUUAUUGUUUAGAUUGCCCAUUUCCACCGCCAAACGUCCCUCAUGCCAACAUAGAUAAAACAAAGCAAGUGGGUUAUAAAAAAGGAGGCAAAGCAUAUUAUCGUUGUGUUGAUGGCUAUACUUCUGAACAAGCUGAACCUUAUAAGCUAUGUGACAAAGACCCUAUGACUCAAGGAUUUAUUUGGAGUGGUAGCUUUACAUGUAAAAGUAAGUAAGAAUGAGGUUAGUUAAUGGUACAAUUUUUAAAAUAAAAAUUAUUUAUUCAGAAGAAACAAGAUGAAAAAUGCUGAUUUUCAAAAAAUCAGCAUGUCAGCACAAAGAUUGGGAGUUACGGAAGAUACAUCUGUACAUGUAUUACGCAAUGUCUGGCUCUGAUGACUUCAUGCAAAUGCUUCUAAUCCUUCUAAAUUUGACUUGGAUGAUAACUUAAGAAGGACAUCUCUUUACUCUUAUACCCUGUAGUUGACUCUCUGUUUUCACAGACACCUCUAUAAGAAGGACAACUCUAUAAAACAGACACCCAGAGUUGGCCCCUGCCUUUCGUACCCCUUUGUUUUCCUCUCUAUAAGACAAACAUCUCUCUAAGCCAGGCACUACAUGUACGUCUUAGUGCCAUUCCUAGAGGUGUCAGUCUUAGAGAGAGUUGACGGACUGUACAUUUGUACACCUGCAUACGAUACCACUCUCUUAAGGAGUAGGGGUUCUGUCCCACCUAUAAUGCAUUUUGAUAAGCAUGUAGGGUCUAACCUUAAAAAAAAUUUAUUUUCUUCAGUUGAGGUUUUAGUCUGUACUUGACUAGAGUGGUCUAUACAGAGGCAUCUAACGAUUAUAAACUGUAUAGCUAAAUGUACACUGUAGUUACAGGCAGUCCACACAAUUAAUUCACAUCGAUAGGUCCAAAUUGAUCAAAGUAUAUCAACGCUAAAUAAAUGACAAAAUCAGAGAUUUGUGACAAACAAAUAAUUAUGUCUCCUGAGCAUUAUUUUUGAAGUUGCAAGCAACAGGGAUCAACUUUGAAAAACUGUUAGGCUGAACAGUUUUCGAAAACCCUAGUUUCAAUCCGUUUCAAUCUUCUUCAGUUUUGCCCAUCCGUGGUGUCUGUUGUUUCUGUUAUGUUAUUCCUUCCUUUAAGUUUUUAAGUGGUUAUUUUUAUGUUCCUCUUAAUUUAAUGGGCAUUUGUAAUUUCCUAAUUUGGCGGAAUUUCGUGACACAGCUCCUUUAAAAGCCCAACAUUCUGAAGGCAGCUUGUAGCUGUUAAUAAUAAUAUUUAAACAUGGCUAAGGAGAAAUGAUUUACAGUUGCAUUUAAAUACAUAUAAUUAUACAUGUUUGUAGCUAGAGUGAUUAAAUAGCAUAACUUCUCAACACUCAAGUUGCAUGUCUACCUUGCUGAUCACUUGGAAAUUGUACCUCAACAACCAUGCAAUGUAUGUUCUUAGAUUUCCAGUCAAGGUGCAUACCAACAUCAUGGUUGACAAAUUUCUCCGCAAUUUUGCGACAUUAUUUUUCAGUGUUGAUUUAUGAUUCGUAUGUGAUAUUACAAAAUAAUUAUGGCAUUAUUGCGUAACAUUUACAUCUCUGUGCCAGGUUGGUUUGGUGAUAAAAAUGCUCUAAAAAACCCAAACACACGAAAAAGCACAUCAAGAAGGACUCUAUAAGGGAUUUAGUCAAAGUAAUAAUUAUUUCAAAAAUUUUGAACUUUAAAUAAAAUUUAAGCUCCAACUUUUUAAUGUGUGGAGUUCUUGACUGAUACGUCAAACAUGGCAAAAACCCACAACUGUGAGGGUAUUGUCAACCAUGAUAUUGGUAGGUAAUCAAAAUUAUUGGUAUACUUGCAUAAUAUCUUGAGUGAGGGAAAUUAUUAGAAUUGGACAAAACAUGCGUGAAAUUGUUUGCUUAUUGGACGUAAAUGUACAGUGUAUUCUGUUACACUUUACAUGUACAUGUAUGCACAUACUACAGUGGUUAUGCAAUGCUUUUGAGUGGUACAUCGUGAAAUAUCCCACAAGUGACAGAAUUUUUCUAAGUAUACACACGACCCUUUAGAUGAUUGAAAAACGAAGACCAACUUGCAACUUACAUUGUACUUUUGGAAAAAAAAAAAAAAAGUAAGCUGUAAAUAAAUCUUAUUGUUGCUUCUUUCAAAUAGAAAAAACUUGUGGCAAUCCCCCUGCCCAAAGCUUAGGAGAUGGAAAUUACAGUUUGUAUGAACUUGGCUCCAGUACUGUUGCUACAUACCGCUGUUACCCCACCUUCAUCCUCAAGGUUAAGCUGCCUUUAAUACCUGCCAUCCUCGUGGACAAUUAUAACAUAUCCUGUAAUCAGACUGGUUGGUCACGCGUUACACUUAAUUGUGGUGAGUUCAUGUAAAUACAUAAUAAUAUUGUAAACAUAAGUAUUACAUUGGUUAUCUUAUAUUAUCAGUUCACUUGCAUUUUUUACAUUAUACACUGUAAUAUUAUUGAUAUCAACUCACAAUGAGAUAUUAGUGCAUAACAAAUUUUAUUGCUCACUUGAGCAAAAUGUAGACCCUCCAACAUCUUACACCAAACAGUAUAAACAUGUAAAGUGACUCUUUCUUCACCUACACUAAGCCUUGAAAACAGUAGACUGACAUGAAUAUUAUCAACAUUGAAUACAAUGAAAUCUACAAAAUUUUAUGCAUAAUCUGUAUAAAAUAAUGAACUAAAUAAUGCUUAUUUUGGUCUGCAAAGCCUCUGAAAGGUCAUUUGACCCUUUGGGAUUCUACGGUUACAAUAAUGUGAAAAAAGAUCAUUAUAAAAGUAUAAUUAUGCUAUGACUUACACUGUACAAUAUUGUGUAGCCUGUGCCAGGCUCGUGGUCAGUGCAGAUGAGUGAAAAAAACAAGUGAGCAGUGAAAUAGUGAGUGAGUGAGAAACUGCAGGAAGAGAGAAGGAUAGAGCCUGUAAACAUCUUUUCAAAUACAUGUACAUUUACCUCAAUCCACGCACUACUCGUCCAAUUUCUGAAAAACCAUUUCCUGUGUCAACGAUAUGUCAAGUGUCACAAUUUCAAAAGGUGCAGUGUAGGAGGGUUUGACAGUCAUGCUGUACAGAUGUACAGGUUCGUUAGAUUCUGUGCACGCAAAGUCAAAUGUUUGACAUAAGUGUUGAAGUAUACUGUCACAAUUGACCAAUCAUAGGGUAUACCAGGAACUGGUAUACCAAAAUGAUGUAAUGAAAGCAAUGCUAACAGGCUCAACUACUCCAUCUUUUUCCAGCCUCCACAUGGUUUUCGUGCAACUUCCUCACUAUCUAGGGGACUGGGACAGGCUAAUUAUUAUGUUACUUCCUCUUAAUAGUACUGGAAAAAUAGAGCACCUACUAUGUAGUCAGGUCAAAUGUACUGUUCUUAUUCAGUAAAGAACAGCUGGCUAUUAGUGACAGUAAAAAAGCCAUUGUAUCAUUAUUUAUUUAUUAAUUGGCACAUUUGAUCCCUUUACAGUUAAAACCUGCAGAUCUCUUUCUGGACCUAAGCAUGGUCGUAUUAGUUCAAUCCAACCAAGCUAUGACGUGGCUGGUCGGCCCAGUACUGUUGUUUAUACAGAAGAUGUAAAAGUCAAAUUUGCCUGUGAUAUGUACUACAGACUUGUGUUAAGUUCAUCAAUGACUUGUUUGCCAUCAGGCUAUUGGAGUAACAUUGAACCUCGUUGUGGUAAGUACAUUAUUUAUUUCUUUGUGUUUUAGAUGAAACGUGUAUAUGUUUCAUUUAUUAAAAACUGAAUCAUUGGAUAAUGGCAUGCUAGAGCUCUGAUUGGCUUAGCCAUCAUGGUAUUAUUGGUAUAUGAACCAUUAUACCAUGCUCUCCAAAUAAUUAUGGUAACCGUACACGUCUGCUCAAAAUUAAAAACAAGCUGAAAAUGGGCUGUUUGUACAAAUAAAGUCGGAAUGAAUUCUCGAUAUUUUGUGGGCGUUUUUAAUAAAACAAUUAGUCCACUCGCGCUUUUUGGAUAUGAGAUGAUUGUAGCCAACUCGACGCUACGCGCCUCGUUGGCUAUUUAGCAUCUCAUAUCCAACACGCACUCGUGGAAUAAUUGUUAAGUAUACAUGUACUUUAAUUGAGUAACUCAGUUUGCGUUAGAAAGAGAGAGUUACCUGUAUUUUGCAUCUGGUACGUCCUUGCCAUAUAAACGAACAUAAAAAGCAGGUAGAAACAGGGUUCUAUCGCGGAAAAAACAAGGUCACUUUUACGACAGAUUAACUUAAACUUAAAAAAGAACGCGCUAUUGCGUUCGUGAUCCAUGAAAACUUUCAAGGAUCACGAACGCAAUCUUAGAGCCAAAGAUUAGUCAUGUUACGGACAGAAGUGUGUCAAUUAUUGACUGUUACAGCAGAUCUUUAUCAUGCCAAGCGGCCAGAUAAUCUGAGAAUCGUUUGACGUCACAAAUUAAGUAUUUGUCUUCUUGCUUGUACACGAGUAUACACUUUUUGUUUGCAUUUGGAGCAGGCAUUUGAGACUGUACUUGAGGAAAUGAAGCUUGAUACAGAUUUCCCUUGAAGAAACAUUGGCUUGCACAUUGGUUAAUCUGUCGUUAUUGUAAACAGAAGUUCUAUUCAGGACUACGCUCACUCGGACGAUCGUGCUCCAGCACAGGGUGCCCACACAAUCCGUGUGUGUAACCGAUUGUUAUUUAAAAUAGUAAAUGUACUAGAUUUACCGUUUGCUUCACCUAUAACGAUAUACUACACGGCGAACUUAAAAUCCUUCCAAAUUGCUCAAAAAACCGCUUUUAAGGCAAAAGGACGACAAUAUACCAAAAGGUGAGGUAAUUCAACGUUUAUUUAACAUUGAUUUAUAGACAUAGCUAGUGAUAUAUCGCUAUAGGUGAAGCAAACGGUAAAUCCAGUACAUUUACUUUUUAAGUAACAAUCUGUUACACACGCAGAUUGUGUAGGUGCCCUGUGGCUCCACCAACUUAUGAAAUGACUCCUAGGUCCAAACCUUGCACAGUUUAAAGUUCUUUUAGUGACCUGGAAAAUGCCUGUUCUGUAGGCUAGGGUUGAAGGCUCAAACUACAGUGUUAAGACAGCACUGAGGUCUAUGAUCCUGAAAGGUAGCUUUUCUCUCACUACUUUUUUCAGGGCAUCCAACGACUGUUUUCUGUGAAACAUCUCUUCGGAAAAGCAAAUAUAGCCUAAAAUCUUCUGUUGGUUGAGGACGGCUAAAACUUUCUAGAAGACCGUUCCAUUUAUGUAUAAUGUUCGAAGCUUAUCUUGCAAAUUCCGUACGAUUUUCUGAAGUUAAGUCUUUCACAAUUCACUCUUCAUGUUGGGCUAUUUUCUUAGCAAGAGGAUACCCAAAAUUUUCGAAUUUUAGAAUGUGAUGGAGAGAGGAAUUAGAAAAAUGCUCAUAUUCGUAAAACGUUGAAUUUCAUUUAAAAUUUUCAGGAAAAUAAUAAUGAAACCCUUGUAAUUUCGAAAAGACUCAAGUUCCCCUAGGAUGACUGAACGGAUACAAAUAAUUGUGACGCCGCUUAUAAUGCGAGAUCUAAAAGUAAUCUGGAUAGCCUAAAAAGUGUUUUCAAUGUAUUUAGGAGGAAACCGACGUUGGGUGCUCCUGUUUUGUAGUUAACAUUUUCUUUUUGCACAGAUAUCUCGAGAGAUUCGAACGGAUAUCCAUUCCGUUUGAACAGCUAGCUGUUGAACGGCAUACAAACGGCUGUACAUUUCAAAACGGCAAACCGUUAGGAGACAGUGUUGGAAUGAGAGGUCAUAUAUCUUUUGAAAACUGUUUUUCGUGUGAAGAUUUGACUAUUGAAAAUUUCCGUCUCUAACAGUACCAUCAGCCUGUGGAAACCCUGCCAACAUAUCAAAUGGUCGUGGAACGUUUAAUAGCACAUCCCCUUCGAAUGGUCACCCAAUAUGGACAACUGUGACUUACUCCUGCAUUAGUGGAUACCAGCUUAUAGGAGUCAAGACUCGGCAGUGUCGUCCAAACGGCCAGUGGAGUGGGAUAGGAAGUCCAGUAUGCAGAGGUAACAUACCUAAUUCUCAUUGCAUCAGUCUUAUUAUGUCCUCUUAUGAUAUUAUGACAGAAGCGAAAAGUGAAAAAGGGAUUUUUCGGCCUUUGUCAUUGGUACAUGUUCACAUGAAUCGCGUAGCAAGAGAGGGUCGCAGCGCUUGAAGUCCUGUGCGUUAGAGCGAUUUUUGUAUGACCUUGAAAAAUGUUUUCGGUAAGUGUUCGUUAUUUGUUUUAUCAGCCAAUGGAUGAAAAGAUCAAAACAUGGACUCUUCGUUUUCCCGCCAAAAAAUACGCUAAUAUGGAGAAGGCAUUGUUCGAUUGGCCAAUCGUGUUGCAGUAUGACGCCAUAGCAAAGUAUCGAUUGAUUUCUAGAAAGUUCUCGGGCAUGAAGUUUUUUCACCCAAGCGUUCGCUUAACCAGCCAAAAGCCACGCGUUUGUAUCCGUUCGACUAACCAAUCAUGUCGCUCUAUUCCGUAUUUUGUUGUUGUUGUUGUUGUUUCUGUUUCGUUCGCGCGUUUUCAUUUCAAGGUCAUACGAAAAUUCGCUCUAGUUGAGAACGAGUAACAUCUCUUGCUCGGCAAGUAUCCUCCACCUCUCAUGGCUCAAGGCUCCAGUCAAGUCACCCUCCAAUCUGGGCAAGCAAUAAUGAAGACCUUUAGAUUCUAAGACGAGUACGACUAAGAGUACGAGAUUUUCUCAGUACUAAGUUGUGCUCGCGCGUGAACCAGCGCCAUUUUGGCGGGAAAACGUGAUAGCCGUCGUUCUACUACCAGUUUUAGCGCGAAUGUCUUGGUGGUGCGAACAAGUUUUCAAAUGUUAGAUUUUUUAUCAUUUUUGCGAUCGGGAAAGCACGUAACCUCCUUCACUAAAGAUAACAGUGCUAACUUUUCAACUAUAUGACGAAAAAUGACCCCUUUGCCCGAGCCAACAGUGCUCGCGUUCUCUCCGACCUUGGGGUGGUAACUUACUUUUGUGUGGUACAGUACAUGUACAAGAAGUUAUCAAAUCAAAUAUUAAGCAAUGAUAAAAAUGAUCAUGAUGAUGAUGAUGUUCCUGAUGAUGGUAUUCUUUUCUUGGCAGAGUCGUAUGUAACUUGCGGAUCGCCAAGAAAGAUCCCUCACGGCCAAUACAAACAUGUCAAGCUAACCUAUAAAGUGAAUGUCCGCGUUGAUUUCAUUUGUGAGCCAGAAUAUUUUCGUUGGGGUGCAGCUUCUUUUCGGUGUACCGCUAUACCAGGUACCCUAAAAGGCUACUGGCGGGAGGUGUGUGACGAUCAGUUUUCCGAUUAUUCAUGCCGUGUUGGAGGAAGCACUCAAUGUCUCCCACCUUUUAAAUAUGGAGAGAAAUGUGAGGAAAGCGGUGGUCACGUACCAGGAAAUGGCGGAACCGUCUGUGUUAAAGGUAGGUACAGUAACUUUACCCUUGUUGUGAGGUUGUGCCCAGGCGGCGGGGGAGUGUUGGAGAUGAUCAAAAGGGGGCAAAAAUCUUCACCCCUCCCCCUCAAAUAAAAUCUUUAGGGUUUUUAACUGCUGAAAUUCCUAAUUUCGAAAUUUUCUAUCAGAAUUUUAAAUAUAUUACACACAAGAACAUGGAAACUGGACGUUUGUAGAUACUCAUACACCGUAUCUUUUCCUCAUCUUGUAGUUUAGAACAACGCGGGCGGCACGUGCGUGCUGAUGCCGCUGAUGCCGUACUACGCCAAUCCAAAUUGUCUCACCCAAGAAAAUCCCGGUUCGGAUAAAUUCAAGCCCCAAAAAUCAUUUGGUGAUCCCUCCGUUUACUCCGGAGUAUCCCGCCCUGGAAGGUCGUGCUUGAGCUUAAGACGGUGAUUUGGGAGUCGAAAAACGAAUAAGCGGAAACCAUAUUAAAUGGACACGAGGACCAGGGAGGCCAAAUUUUUUACCUCCUAUAGUGGCCAUUUUAUCUUUUGUAUCUUAUGGUGUGAACAUGCAUUCAAAUGAAACCUCUUUAGGAUUACUUUUACUUGGUGAUGAAAGAAGAAUCUUUGGUUACUUUGAGCGUAGACUCUUUUUUUUGUUUUUGUUUGUCUCACUCAGAUCGGCGUUCCAUUUUAUACUUUAUACCACUGCAUGAGAAAUUUCUGCAAUUUGAUUGGCUUAGAGCAGUGGUAUUUCAGCUUAAUUUGAAAUACCUACAUGUGAAAAUUACAAACCCCUUGUGGGUAGUAGUAUAAACAAAUAAUAGCAUGGUUUGUACGUGAUAUUUGGCAUAAAUACCACCCGGGAUAUUUCAAAAUUGUCUCAAAUUUCACUCACCUAACGGCUCGUGAAAUUACGUAUAACAAUUUUGAAAUAUCACUUGUGGUAUUUAUGCCAAAUAUCACUACAAAUCACCUUAUUACCUAUACUAAUUGUAAACGAACUUUAUAUCCAUUAGGCAAUCAAAAAAUUCAAAUCUCACCUUGAAAUGGUUUAUUCCAAAAUAAGAGACGUCUGCGCGGUUUUGUUUUUCAGCAUUUUACAAAAUAAAAUUUAGCCACUUUGAACGUGAAAGGAUUAACGCGACUUUCGCUGUGUUAACAACUAUCGUCAUUUUUAUAUUUCAGGAACACCUGGCUCGACUACGACUGACAAUUUAGUCUCUAUCAAAUCUGGUGAUAAUGAACUGGAUAAAAUGACGAUUGUUGUUGCGACCGCUGGUUCCACUCUCGGUGCUUUAGUAGUGUUGUUGACAGCUUUAGUUUGUUUUCGGCGCUUUCACCGGAGUCGGCGUUUCCGACACUCGGCGUUUAGAAGCCGACGUUAUAGCGACGACGACCGAAUUGCGAUAAUUGCUGCAUACACCGGAGACGUGCACUUCAUUCUGCCGUCCUACGACGAAGCCAUGAGCCAAGUGCAAAGCUCACCGCCAUCUUUUGAAUCUGUUGUAGAGAAUAGACAAGAAGGGGGAAAUCAAAUCGCGUCGAACGCUAACAGCCAGUCUGUAGAUACUAACGAAAGAAAUAUCGCUGCUAACGGAACAGACGGCGCUUCCGAGGUCAGCCGUCCCGCAGCGAGUGUUCCCGAAGGAGGCCCGAGCACAGGCGAAGAACGACUGAUAAACAUCGUGAACAAUCCGUUAGCUGAUAGUUCACGUGAAAGUAGUGAAACUACAGGUAUUAAUCACUCUGAUAAUGUUUUGCUCCCGGUUGAGGAUCGUAUAGCUGAUAACGACUCUUCGCCUAAUCUUUGUUCGGAGAACCUCCCGAGCAGUUCGUCGGAGGACGAUCUUACCUCCAGCCAGACACAGCCGUUGCUUGGCAACAGGGCGAGAGGUGUCAUGGUGUAACGGACCUUAUUUAACCAUAGGCGACGACUACCCUACACUUCACAGCACAAUAGGCGAUUCAUUCAUCAAUCUCAUGAAGCACUUCUAACGAAAAAGCUAAUAAGCAGAAGUUACGCGCAGAUAAACGUUUAAAAUUGAGGCAGUAUCCAUUAGUAAAUUGCGUGGUUGUAGAUUUACUGCUGCUGAUCACCUUUCAGUACUAUCGACUCCCACACUUGGUCUCGUUAAAUGGCCAAACUAAUGCCGGUUUUUAAAAUCACGGAGUAGUAACAUAGAACCACCACAGCAUGAGACCUAGUAGUAUCGAUAUUGGUUUCUAUCCGUAGUAUCGACCCAGACUUCCUCGGACAUCCGGAAAGCAAGAGAAGCAAUAGGCCAUUUGCACGAUGGCGUCACUUUACUUUUCUACUACGACCAGAAUCCUCUCUAUAACAAAAGCCUGACGGAUUCUGGUCGUAAUAGUAAAAUUAUGUAUUUCUGUAAAUGACCAAUUAUAAACCACAGAUGUUUGUCUGAAUAGACCGAUUUCGAGUUGCCCCAAGCCUCUGUUUCAAAGCGAGGCUAAAUGAUGAGAAGCAUUCUCAUGCAAAUAUAGCUCAUUUUCACAAGAACGGUUUUGCACAUAGCCUCGUUUGGAUUCCCGCCAUAGUACGAAUUCUACCAUACAGCAAGUAUAUUAAGAUAACUUCACAACGUUAUUUUUUGAUUUCUUAUUAAAUUUUCCUCAUGUCGUACACAAACUAUUAUUUUCAAACUCGCCUUUACAACGCGAUAUAUUUUUGUUGUUGUGUAAUAACGGAGGUUUUGUAUAAAAAAAUGAAGUAUUUACGUGCGUUCCAAUUGGUAAAAAACAUUGCUUAUAAUGCCAGUGAACUCAGGCACAGUUCAAACGUCCAACUUCUCAUGUACCAAACCUAAUCCCUUCAUUUAAGUCCGAAGUAUCUAAUUUGAGUCGACCAAUGAAUUAAUUUCGAGUGGCCCACAUGGGAAUUUCGACCGUGGAGCGACCUUGUUUCUGAAACGUCGAACUUUUCACGUGCCGAAGCUAACGCAUAAAUGACGAUAAUUUCUUUUCACUGCUAAACAUUGUAGACCAUUUUUUUACAGCGUAAGAAUGAAUUGAGUUCGACGAAUUUAAUUCAACGUCUAAAUCGACCGUCGAACUUACAUCAUUUGGGUCGAUCCAAGUAGCUGUUGAGUUC